AUGGGAAAUCUUUGGUCAAAGGAACAAGUGAAAGAAGAAGAAGUGAUUGAACAGGAGGAGAAGAUAAGCAUUACGACUAUAGAAGAAUCAACUGUUGGAUCUAAGCGUGCAGCAGAUCCUGAUCAAGAAUCUCCCAAAGCUAAAAAGACGAAAAAGAAUAAACGAGAUUCAAGACCACGACAGCCACCAUUAGAGCACUCUGGGCCUAGAGAACCUCGUUUACCUAAAAAAAAGGUUGCUCUUUUGAUUGGAUUCAAUGGUACUGGCUACCAAGGUUUACAAUUAAAUCCAAACUCUAAAACUAUUGAAGGAGAAGUCUUUGAGGCUCUGUGUAAAGCAAAUGGUGUUUCUAAAGAUAAUGCCAAUGAUCCAAAGAAGGUCAAUUGGAUGCGAUGUGCUCGUACAGAUAAGGGUGUUCACGCUGCCGGUAAUAUCUUGUCUUUAAAGAUGCAAAUACCCUCAGAUUAUGACAUUGUCGAACGCACCAAUUCAUUCUUGCCAGAGCAAAUCCGUGUAUGGGGUUAUGUUCCCGUCAUUGGCUCCUUUAAUCCAAAAACCCUUUGUGAUUCACGUAUCUAUGAAUACCUUUUGCCAACCUAUGUGUUCAUGGAACCUAUUAAACCAGAAAUUACAAGUGAACAAGUACAUGAAGAUGACCUUAUGCUUUCAACCAUGGUUGAUGGAGAACCCACGACAUUUUACGCUAGACGUAGUACACCAGAGUUGAUUGAAAAGAGACAUGCCUAUCGAGCGACACAGCAACAGCUUGAGAAGUUUAAAAAAGCGGUUAAACUGUAUGAAGGAUCACAUAAUUUUCACAAUUAUACGAUCGGAAAGGGAUACAAGGAUCACAGCUCGAUGCGUUAUAUCAAAAACAUCACAGUGAGCGAACCCAUGUAUAUUCGGGAUACAGAAUGGCUCAGUAUCAAGCUUCAUGGCCAAUCAUUUAUGCUUCAUCAAAUUCGUAAAAUGAUCUCCAUGGCUAUGCUCAUUGCUCGUACAGAGACACCUGUUUCGUUAAUUCAACAGACAUUUGGAGAAAAACGUAUCAACAUUCCCAAGGCACCAGCUCUGGGUCUUUUGUUAGAAAGACCCGUGUUUGAUGUGUAUAAUGACAAGUUACUCCAGAAAACUAGCAAGGAAGAUAGAAUAAAGAUAGACUUUGAUGUGUAUAAAGACAAGAUUGAAACUUUUAAACAAGAAUGGAUUUAUUCCAAAAUAUUUGACACUGAAAUUCAAGAACAUGUAUUUGACGGUUUCUUGACCUUCUUGGAUGCACAACUGGGGCAUGAAUAUGAUUACUUGAACCCUGAAGGCGUUAUUCCAGACAUUUGCAUUGUCCACACAAAAUAUAACAACAAAGGAGAUGAUGAUUAA